AUGUCUACCACAACUGGGGCUUUCCUCGCCGGUGGUAUCGCAGCUUGCGGUGCCGUAACUGUCACCCACAGUUUCGAGACCGUUAAGAUUCGGUUACAACUUCAGGGUGAAUUGCAGGCGAAGAACGAAGGUGUGAAGAAGUAUCGGGGUGUCCUGCACGGUGUCAAGGUUAUCCUUCAAAAUGAAGGCCCCCGAGGAUUGUUCCGUGGCAUUGGAUCUGCCUACAUCUACCAGGUCCUUCUCAAUGGCUGCCGCCUCGGCUUUUACGAACCCAUUCGCUCUAAUGUUACCAACGCCAUUUACAGCGAUCCCAAGGUGCAGUCCCUCGGUGCUAAUGUCUUCGCCGGUGCGGCCUCUGGAGUCAUCGGUGCGGCUGCUGGAUCUCCGUUCUUCCUGGUGAAGACCCGCCUGCAGUCCUAUUCGCCCUUCCUUCCUGUCGGUACCCAGCAUAACUAUAAGAACUCGAUCGAUGGCCUGAGCAAGAUCUAUAGAAGUGAGGGUGUCAGGGGUAUCUAUCGUGGUGUUGGAGCUGCUAUGAUCCGUACCAGCUUCGGUAGUGCUGUUCAGCUCCCCACAUACUUCUUCGCCAAGCGCCGUCUGACACGGCACUUGGGUAUGGAGGAGGGACCCGCUUUGCAUCUGGCUAGCAGUGCGGCGUCUGGCUUUGUUGUGUGCUGCUUCAUGCAUCCUCCUGAUACCAUCAUGGCUCGCAUGUACAACCAAACUGGUAACCUGUACCAGGGUGUCUUUGACUGUUUGUUCAAGACUAUCCGCACCGAGGGUGUCUUGGCUAUCUACAAGGGCUUCUUCGCUCACCUGGCCCGUAUUCUCCCCCACACCAUCUUGACCCUCAGCUUGGCCGAGCAGACCAACAAGCUGAUGCGCCGCGUCGAGGACCGCAUCCUUCCGGACUUUCUCCGCGAGAAGAUCUAG